AUGAGCUCUGACGCCAAUUUGGCCCCCGACGUUGCAGAAUAUGUUAAAUCGGCUAUAAAAGUUUCUAAAGAAUGGCGACUGCCGGAUGGACGAGGCGAUUGGCGGGAUGCGAAGGCGACUAUUGUCAAAAAAGCGGCCGUGAUCGGCGGCGGAACGAUGGGGCGAGGAAUCGCGAUCGCGUGCGUGCUGGCCGGCUUUGAGACGAUUCUCGUUGAGCAGAAUGAAGAGGCGCUAUCAGCCUGCUGUAAGCAAUUGGAGACGACGUACACUCGAGAGAUGUCGCUGGGAAGGAUGUCGGAACAACAACGACAACGCCUCAAUUCUCCCGCUUUCCGGAAAACGACCAGUUUUGAUGGGCUCGCCGAGGUCGAUUUGGUGAUCGAGGCCAUCUUCGAAAGUAUGAAGCUGAAAAAGGAGUUGAUGGCGCGGUUGGACGCGAUUUGUAAGCCCGAUUGUAUAAUCGCUUCCAAUACGUCGAGUCUCGAUUUUGAUGAGAUGUCCUCUCCCCUCAAAAACCCUGGUCGUCUCGUCGGCAUGCACUUUUUCAACCCGGCCAACGUCAUCAAGGUAAUCGAGAUCGUUUACGGUAGCCACACGAGCAAAGAAGCCGUCGCCACGGCUUUUGCCUCUACGGCGGCGAUGGGAAAGCUUCCAAUUCUCGUGGCAAAUUGUCCGAGCUUCAUGUUCAACCGUCUCCUCCACGUCUAUUUGACACAGGCGAUGAAGCUCACGUAUUUGUAUGGCAUGUAUCCCAAGGACAUUGACCGUAUCUUGGCGCAAUUCGGACUGCAGAUGGGCCCGAUGACGAUGCACGAUAUGAAUGGAAUCGACGUGGGCGCCCGCAUCAAAUCGGAGCACGGCAUGGAGUUGUCGAGUAUCGAGAGGGAAUUGAUCGACAGGGGGAGGCUCGGCAGGAAGACUGGAAAAGGCUUCUACCGCUACGACUCGCGUGGCCUAAAAUCGGACGACCCGGAAGUGAAGGCGAUUAUCGAUCGAAUCUCCGCGGGUCAGAAUACGCAGCAGAGGCACUUUGCCGAAUCGGACGUAAUCAGUUUCCUGUUGUAUCCGAUGGUCAACGAGGGAUAUCUUUGUCUCGAAGAUGGCAUCAUUGCCAGCCCCCAACUCAUCGAUCUCAUGUUCCACUUCGGCUUCGGAUGGCCACGUCGCCACGGCGGUCCGAUGCGGUGGGCCGAGCGCUACGAGGGACUUCAGAAGAUUGGCGAGACGAUGAGGGCAGCACAUUCGGCAGAACCGGAAGAGUUGGUGUAUCGUCUCUCGGAUCGCCUCUCCUCGCCCCUCAACUCGUCUAAACUC